CCCAGCCGGAGCCGGGAGCGGCCCGCGAGAGGCCGAGGGCGCCCGGGCGGAUCAGGGCUUCGCAGCGCGCAGGGCUCCCCGGCCCGACGGGGCGCAGCGGCUGCGCCCGCCCUGCCCGGAGCGGCUGGUGCCCGGGCGGGGGGAUGCCGUUCCCGGGCGGGCUCUGGUGGCUGGUGUGCUGCCGGCAGGGCUUCACCCUGCUCCGGCGGGACUAUGGCGAGCCGGACAAGGAGCCGGACGGGGAGGCCGAGGAGGAAUCGUCCUUCGAGCUGCGGAGCAAAGGAGCCCAGGGGCCGUUGCAGCUAAGCCUGACCCAGCCCGUCCGCACCAGCAGCGGCUCCGAACGGUCUCUGCCCGUCUCGGAGGAGAUGCGCAGCCUCAUCACGGAGAAGGGGCCGGGGCCAGUGGAGGAGGAGCCAGAUGCCAUCGUGAAAGGCUGGCUGCAGAGGGAGGCGCGGGGGGGCGUGAAGGGCCCGUGGAUCCGGCCCCGGAAAUACUGGUUUGUGCUGACCCAGGACUCCCUGGAUUACUACAGCAGCAGCGAGGUGGGAGCCCGGCGCCUGGGCACCCUGGUGCUCACCAGCCUCUGCUCCGUGCUGUGGCCCGACAAGCAGACCUACAAGGAGACCGGAUACUGGAGCGUGACGGUGUUUGGCCGGAAGCACUGCUACCGCCUGUACACAGAGCACCUGAAUGAGGCCGUGCACUGGGUGUGCGCUGUGCAGAAGGUGAUCCACAGCAAGGCCCCCGUGCAGACGCCCACGCAGCUGCUCAUGCACGACAUCGAGGAGAACUGCGGGAGCCCGGAGAUCCUGGAGCAGAUCUAUCGCUGCAACCCCGUCCUGCGCUACACCAGCAGCCCGCUCUACGCGCCGCUGCUGCCCUUCCCGUACGGCAGCUCCGACCAGAGCGCCCCCAGCCCCCGCGGCUACAUGACCCUGCGUGACGAGGCCGUGAAGCUCUUCAACUCCCUGCAGCAGCUGGAGUCGGAGCGAGACCCGGUGCCCCUGAUCCAGGGCGUCCUGCAGACAUGCCUGGAUCUGCAGCCGCUGGUUGACGAGAUCUACUGCCAGCUGGUCAAGCAGACCACGGAGCCGCCGGUGCCCGGCGGGCUGGGCAACCUGCGCUACUGGCAGCUGCUCACCUGCAUGAGCUGCACCUUCCUGCCCUCCCCGCCUGUCCUGCGCUACCUGCGCUUCCACCUGGGCAGGACGGAGAGUGAGUUCCCCGGCUCGGAGAUGGCGGAGUACGGGCGCUUCAUCGCGGCGGCUCUGGACAAGACUCAGGUGCGGGAGUGCGUCCCCUCGCUGGAUGAGAUUGUGGUGCUGAUCCAGCGGCAGGACAUGCUCUGCACCGUGCACUGCCCUGGCACCUCCGCCUGCACCGUGGCCAUCAGCUCCCACACCACGGCCGAGGAGGUGGCCCGGGAGCUGGUGGCUCGGCUGGGCUUGUCUCAGAGCCCCAACGUCUUUGCGCUCUACGAGCAGAGUCGGCACCACGAGCGGCCUGUGGGCAGGGCCACGCUGGUGGCCGACGUCCUCACCAGGUUUGAAAACCUGGCAGGGGAGGAGAGGACGCAGGACUCGACCUGGAGACUCUGCUUCAAGCACUACGGCUUCCUGGACACGGAGAACGUGCCCCGGGACAGCGUGGAGUUCGCCCUCCUCUUCGAGCAGGCCCACGAGAUGGUGAUCCGGGGCUACGUGCCCACGUCGGAGGACACGCUGCAGUCCCUGGCCGCCCUGCGCCUGCAGAGUCUCAACAGCGACUUCUCCACGCACGCCCCCGUGCCCCGCCCGGAGGAGCUCUUCCCCGUCCACGCACUGCACUCCCGCCUCCGGGCCUCCUGCCAGGGCCUGCCCAGGUGCCCCGGCGCCCGCCUCCGUGCAGGGCUGCUGGCCGGCGCCCUGCCCUGGGGCCACUCGCUGGCCAAGCAGCAGGCGGAGCAGGACCAGAAGCUGCAGGGCCGCCUGCGCGAGGAGGGCGCCAGCGUGAUGGCUGCCAUUGUGGACAAAUGGAAGCUGCUGCAGGGCAUGGGCCGGGCCGAGGCCAUGGCCGCCUACCUGGCGCUGGUGCGGGAGUGGCCGGGAUUCGGCUCCACCCUCUUUGACGUCGACUUCCACACGAGCCUGGAGGGCAGCUGCCCCCAGCGCCUGUGGCUGGGCGUCGGGGCCAAGGCCGUGUCUCUGUACAAGCCCGGGGAGGCCGAGCCCUUUGACAGCUUCUGCUACAGCCGCAUCUCGUCCUUCGGGGUGUCUGACAGCAGCACCUUCCACCUCUCCGUGGGGGACAGGGACCUGCUCUUCGAGUGCCCCCGGGUGGAUGAGAUCGCCCAGCUCCUGCACACAUACCUCACCAGCCUGGGCACAAGGCAGACGCCCCUGCGGGAGGAGCUGGCCGACACCUGCCACCCUGGGGACUCACUGGACUCGGGCCUCCCUCCCCCACAGCAGAGACUGUGCCCAGCAAGCGCGCCCUGGGGGGGCCAGCCCAGCGCAGGCUCCUUCCCCAUCUAGCUUGCUGGCCCCGUGUGCCAGCUCAGGUGACGUGCCCUUUGGUGGGCCCCUCCUGCACCAGCAGGGGGCCGGGGCUGCCCCGAAGCGGCUCGCGCCCUGCCAGCACUGAGAAUCCUGCCCACCGGGAUGUCGGCGGCUGGGGUCUGCUUUGGGCCCCGGGGUCAGAGCCCUGGAACUACAUGGUCCUGAGGAGUUGGACACUGUUCCCAGUGUGGCGUCUAUAGCCCCUGGCUCUGAGCAGGGGGUGGAGGGCAGGGGGCGGGCAGAGACUCGCUCCCCCCACUCAGCUGUUGGGUUGCUAGUUUAUUUCCUUAAUUUAUUUGUAGAAAUGCCAGCUACCUGCACUGGGUGCUGCGGGUGCCCGGCCUGGCAGGGAGGUGCCAGACACUGCUUGGCACCUUAUUCCUGGCUCUGCCUUGGGGUGCUGGUGUACUGGUUUGUCAUGCCCGGGCUGGGGAUUCACCCUUGCAAGUCCUGCUCGGCUGGUGGGAAAGGUGGGGGUGCCCAGUGGGAUCUCCCGUGCAGCCCCUGGGGUCUGGUGAUGACCUAGGAACCAGCAGAGGUGGGCCAGGCAGUGCAGCUGCUUGGGGGCCCAGAGGCUGGCCAGUUGCUGUGGGGGUGGGGUUGGCAGUCUGUUUGCUAGGACCAUGGGUGGGAGAUGCUGGGGCUGCUGUCUGCGCUGGGGCUGGCCAGGUGUCAUCUCCGGGCACCUUGGGCUGGCACCACCUGAUCCCACGGACAGUCACUGCGGUGACUUCUCCCAGUACUUGAAGGGUUAAGGGGCCGCUCACGUCUGCCCGCCUGGGGCCAAGAUCCCCUUGGGCAGGUGGUUCCCAGGUGCCUUCACGCUGCUCUGUGCCAUGGCACUGGGCCCCCCGCGGAGCACAGCCCUGCCCUGGGCCCACUGGUAACUUGCAGCAAGUUUCCCCAGGGCUUGAGAGCGCUGGCAGCGGCAGCAUCCUGCCUUCCACCCCCAUCCGUCUGUCUGUCCUGUGCACCAAGCACCUUCCCCGUCUGUGCCCCAGAAAGCUGCAGGCGGCCUCUGAGUGGCGGCUGGUUCCCGCAUGGGCCUGUCUCUGCUGUGCUGGCCAGGCUCCCUAUGGGCGUGCUGAGGGCCGGGCCCAUGUUGAGGGGCGGGGGACGCUCAGGCCUCUCUCUGUGUUGCCUCUGUAAAGUUCCUGUUCUUGUUUUUGUAUUAAACACCCAAGGAAAGUG